AUGGACGCGGGGCAGCUGGGGGCCGAGCCCCUGGGCUGGCUGGAGGAGGUGGGGAGGGCUGAGUUCCCGGGCUCUCCGCGGGCUGGGGCCUUUAGCCGGUGCAUCCCUCGCUUCUGCUCACAGUGUGCCUUCUUUCAGGCCUGGCUGAAUGAGAAGUUUGCUCCAGAGCUGCUGGAGAGCAAACCUGAGAUCGUUGAGUGUGUUGUGGAGCAGCUGGACCACAUGGAGGCAAAUCUGAAACGGGCAAAGAGAGGAGACUUGAAGGUCAGCGUUCACCGCAUGGAGAUUGAAAGGAUCCGUUACGUGCUCAUCAGCUACUUGCGAUGUAGACUUGUGAAGAUAGAGAAGUUUUUCCCCCAUGUACUGGAGAAGGAGAAGUCUCGAGCUGAAGGGGAGCCUUCCAUUCUGUCACCAGAGGAGUUUGCUUUUGCUGAAGAGUACAUGGCAAACACAGAGACUUACCUGAAAAACGUGGCCCUAAAACACAUGCCACCCAACCUGCAGAAAGUGUCUCUCCUGAAGUCUGUUCCGAAGCCCAACCUGGACUCCUUUGUGUUCCUGAGGGUGUUGGAGCGUCAGGAGAACAUCCUGGUCGAGCCAGAGAUGGACGAGCAGAGGGAGUACACCAUCGACCUGGAGGAGGGCUCGCAGCAUCUCAUCCGCUACAAGACCGUCGCCCCACUGGUGGCCUCGGGAGCGGUGCGGCACAGGGCGGCGCGGCGGGUCACGCGGUGCCAUCAGUACAGCUCCUCUCUGGAGUCUGACAACUGGCACAUGGCAACAUCAUCACAGGCCGUGCAGGAUAAUUGA